AAAUCCAAACCCCGAACAAACUCUAUCCAAUUCAAAGAAGAAUAUGAAACGAUUGUGUGCCACCUCUAAGCAAACCCUAAAGCCCCAAAAACGUCUACCUUACCGCAAAUCAACUUAGUUUCUGAUCAUCAUUAUUCAUUACUAUCCAAUCCAUCUCCCUUCAUUGCAAUUUCCAACUCUGCGAAUCUUCCACUCUUCAUUUUACAAGCAAAGCGAAUCUCCUCCAUUUUGCUCAAUAAGUUGGUCGUUCAACUUCAAAAUCAGUCUUGAAACUCCUUCCACCUUCAAAUUUGAAAUCCUCUGCGAUAACGGGAAGAAAUCCAAGAAGCUACAAUGAGUGGGAGAGUUGGAAGGGACCAAUCACGGAGAGAUCAUAUGCAGAAGCAGCAACAGCAGCAGCAUCAUGAGCGACCUCAUCAUGCUUCAUCGUCUUCGUCCCGUUUCGGAGAAAGUAAUAAGUCGGCUCGUGCCAAGAACCCGCCUUCUCGGCAUUUAUGGGUGGGGAAUUUGUCACACCACAUUGAUCAAUCUACAAUUGUUGAUCACUUCAUUCGAUUUGGAGAGCUCGAAAACGUUGCGUGUCAUCCGGGGCGAAGUUAUGCCUUUGUCAACUUUAUGAGAGAAGAGGAUGCAAGGGCGGCCUUACACUCGCUUCAGGGGUUUAGUCUUGCAGGCAUGCCUCUUAGGAUUGAGUUUGCCAAGUCGGACAAAUCAUCUGCUCCUUCACGUGAUGAACUGUACUUGCAAUAUCGAGAUGAGUUGCAACCUCCAAGAAGCAGAAGUUCAGCAUAUUCACCAAGGGAAUCUAGAAAGCGUCAUGCUAGUCCUGAUGAAUAUUUGCCUGAUAGUUCGAGGACAAAUGAACGUGGCUCAGACCAUCCAAGCGAAAUUCUAUGGAUAGGAUUCCCAUCAUUCAUGAAAGUGGAUGACACAAUUUUGAGGAAAGCUUUUUCUCCAUUUGGAGAUAUUGAGAAGAUAACUGCUUUUCCAGGUCGUACUUACGCUUUUGUCCAAUUCAGGAAUCUAGCGUCAGCUUGUAGGGCAAAAGAAACUCUCCAAGGAAAGUUAUUUGGAAAUCCACGUGUGCAUAUUUCUUUUGCUAGGAAAGAUCAUGAUUCAUCUACUGGUGGGAGGCGAAUUAUGGGGCACAAUGGGCCACCUUCGCCACAUUUUAAGUCCACUAUACAGGCUGGAUCUUCUGACAACUUAUGGCCUGAUAGGAAUGUUGGAGAUUUUGAAGAUCCCAGCAUCAGGGCUCCACAUUUCCCAAACAUGGAGGAAUAUAGAGAUCCUGAAAGAAUGAGCUUCAGUAGAAAGGAGUCCCUGUGCACUCAUUCAGGUGGUUUGUAUGAAGAGAGGAGAUUCCAUGAACCUGGGCCAGAUGUUGGCCUGCCACAAGGAAUGCAGGGAUAUUUGAGGAGUCCUUUUAGAGAUGAAAGUUCUCACACUCAUGAAUUUUCUCCUCGAGAGUUUCGAAGAAGAAGUCCACUUCCAGAAGAUCCAUGGGACCUGCCAGAGGAUACUUAUAGCUAUCGUGGAGCAAAGAAAUUGAAGAUCGGCUCCUUUUCUCAUGAGAACGAGCUUCCUGAAUAUCCCUUGCAUAAUGUAGAACAGGAUAAGCAUGUUUUCCCUGGGGUUGUUCCUGAACUUCCUUUAGCAGAUGAGUCCAGGCCGCCACUUCCAUAUAAUAGACAACCAGAGAAUCCUUUGAACUUCAAUCGUUCUUUAGAGGAUAGGCAUGACAAUUGGAGAUCAUCUCAUGAUAAUUUGCAGUCACCUCCUAACACUUUGUCAUCAAUGCCAGUUGAGUGGAAGAGGACCACCUCUGAGUUCCAUCAACCAGGACGAAAAGAAUGGAAAUGGGAAGGUACAAUAGCUAAGGGAGGAACACCUGUUUGCCGAGCACGUUGCUUUCCUGUUGGAAAAGUCAUGGAUAUCAUAUUGCCAGAGUUCCUUGAUUGCACUGCACGGACUGGGCUUGAUAUGCUUGCAAAGCAUUACUAUCAGGCUGCCUGUUCUUGGGUUGUAUUUUUUGUUGCUGCCAGUGAUGCUGAUAUGGGUUAUUAUAAUGAAUUUAUGCAUUAUCUUGGUGACAAGCAGCGAGCUGCAGUUGCUAAGUUGGAUGAUAGGAACACCUUAUUUCUUGUUCCUCCUUCAGAUUUCUCUCAGAAUGUACUCAAAGUAGCUGGGAAGCUAAGUAUAUCUGGUGUUGUUUUAAGUUUAGAACCUGCUAGUCCUAACUUAGUUUCUCAUCCUUCAGAGAAUGAGAAUGAUAAAGGUCUAAUUUAUCCACAUGAUGCAUCAUAUAGGAAAUUUGAAUUGCCAUCUGGUCCUUCUCCUAUGCCAGCAUCUUUCUCAAGCAUGGAAAAGUCAGGAGUCAAUAGUUCGAAUUUACAAGGAAACUCCAUAACUUCAGCUCCAUCACAGUUUCCAGCUUAUGGUCAUGGAAGCGGAAGCAUCCCGUAUCGCAUGGAGAACAGACCUGACUUUCAACAUAGUCACCCUGUUUCUCGGGAUUCAGUAUUGCACCCUUUGCCUGUCUCUGAAGGCUAUAGUAAUUCCAUUUGUGAGAGGGGUGGUCCAGACUUCAGUAGGGUUAACUAUGAUGGUGGUACCUCAUAUUCUAGUGGUAGCAAAACAUCUCUCCAUGAAUACAAACUUCCGUCCUCUGUACCUAUGAGUCUGAGUGGUUUACAACAAGAGCAGCAUGCUGAUGUGGCAUCCUCUCUUCGUGGGCCGCUGCAGACACAAAAUACAAACUACUCUUCUUCAUCCGCCACUGGUGUAUAUAGAUCAACUGGUCUUAAUGGACAUCAGCCUGAGAGCCUGUCAAGAGUUCCCCCCAGAUACAAUGCUCCACAAACAAAUCAGGUCUCCUCUGACAUGUCACCAUCUCUGCUUAGUCAGCUGCAGCAGCAACCACUACUGCAAGCAGCGAAUGUGCGGGCAUUCUCUAAUGCUGUUCCAGUGGGAACUCAGGCGAGUCAAGAGAACGUGCGGGCAUUUCCGCAUGCUGCUCCAGUGGGAACUCAAGUGAGUCAGGAGAUUGUGAAUGUGAGUAAUACACAAGAUGAUGGGGAAGCUGAUCCGCAGAAACGCCUACAAGCAACUUUGCAACUUGCUGCAGCUUUGCUUCAGCAAAUCCAACAAGGAAAGGGAACUUAGUUGCUGUUAAGAAAAGCUCGAGAUAUACCCCUGACCCUUGUUUGGAUCGUCGACCAUGCAUGUAAUAGCCAAUUAUUGGUUGAGUCGCUGCUUGUCUAGUCUUGGAUGUUAUGUUGGAGCUGAAUUUCACUACCUCCUAAAAAAAAGAAAAAGGAAACAUAGAAAAGUUGGUCAUCUUUAUUUCUGACAAGUGUAGUCGCACACUAAGCAGAAUUACAUGAUACACUGAAUUAGUCCAAUUAUUAUCAAUAUUUUCAGAGGGAAGGACUUGUCAUUUA